AUGCCAGACCGCAGCCCCUCAUAUGAUUCUCGCGACAGCUCUCCGGAGCCAGAGCGCAAUCGCGAACGCCCUAUCGACCGCGACAAGGGCCGAGAAAAAGAGAAAGAAUUGCAGAGGGAUCGCGAGAGAGACCGCGUGAGGGACAGAGAAAGAGACAAGGAAAGAGAUCAAUACCGCGACAUGGAGAGAGAUCUGGACAGAGACAUCGAUCGCGACAUUGACCGUGAUGUUGAACGGGACAAAGAAAGGGACAAGGAGCGAGAACGAGAGAAGGAGAAGAUUCGCGACAGACCUUUGAAUGACAAAAAAGAAAGAGAGCCUACCAAGCCACUUGACGAUAAAAGAGACCGCAUCAAACCAAUGGAUAACAUAAAAGAUAGUCGAGACAACUCUCCAGACGGCAGGCGAGGAGACCGCAACAAACCAUUAAAUGACGGGAGAGAUACUCGCGACAAAUCACCAGAUGAAAGGAGAGAUCGAGAUCGCAACAAGCCUCUAAACAAUCGAAUGGAUAGCUACGACAGUUCGCCCGACAAAAAGGACCGGAGACCACUAAACAGCCGACGGGACAGCUAUGACAGCUCACCAGAUAAGAGAGACCGGAAACCAUUGAACAACCGAAAGGAUAGCUACGACAGUUUACUGGACAAGAGGGACCGAAAGCCGCUGAACAACCCAAAAGACAGUUACGAUAGUUUACUCGACAAAAAGGACCGGAAGCCAUUGGACGACAGGAGGGACAGCCGCGACAGGUCGCCAGACGAUAGAAAAGACCGGGACCGCAGCAAACCACUUAACAAUCGAAAAGACAGUUACGAUAGUUUACUCGACAAGAAGGACCGGAGACCCCUGGACGACAGACGGGACAGUCGCGACAGAUCACCCGAUGACAAAAGAUACCAGGAUCGCAACAGACCUCUGGAUGACCCAAGAGACAGUCGCGAUAGAUCGCCCGAAGAUAGAAGGGACCGUGAUCGCAAUAGACCACUCGAUGAUAGAAGAGAUAGCCGGGACAGAUCUCCAGAUGACAGACGAGACCGAGAUCGUACCAGACAAUUCGACGACAGAAGGGAUAGUCGCGAUAGAUCUCUGGAUGGCAGAAGAGAUAGUCGCGACUAUGGUAAAGACAGAGAUUACGAUGAUCCGAGAGACAGCCGACAUGACGUUGGAAGGGACCACAUCAACGGCAGAGACAGACUCAAAGAUCGGGAUAUCGACAGAGACAGACGUCGCGAUAGUCGCAUACCUCCACGAGUAGCUCGAGAACCCCGAGAGCAUCCUCCAUCUGCCAGUAAGCGAAACAGUAUUACAGGCCGUCUCCUCGGAUCUUUUAGAGCAGCUCGUGGUGGUGACAAAGAGAAGGAGAUCCCCAUGCCAGCAGCAGCAGCCUCAGUUCAGCGCCGCGCAUCUACCGCUGUUACAAAAGGCAGCCCGGUUACUCGUAUUCGAGAGUGGCUUGAUGCUUGUAACGCUGAGCACCACCACCACUGUGCCGUUUCUUCCGAGUCUGAUGUUCCAACUUGGCGUCCUACUUGGCUCAUCGAUGUUGUCGAUCGUCGCCUGGUUAAAGCUACACCCAAAGAUCGUUACGUAGCUCUCAGUUAUGUCAACGGAUCUCAUCGUAAUGAGCCGCAAGAAUAUAUGCAGCUACUCAAGUCUAACCUUGCAGUUUUUGAGGAUCGUCUGCCGAAUCUUGAUAUGCCUCAGACUUAUCUGGACGCUAUGUGGCUUGCGAAGAAGCUGGGUAUUCGGCAUAUCUGGAUUGACCGGAUCUGUAUCACUCAGGAUAACCGGGAAGAAAUGGAGGACCACACCAAACAUAUGGCAUAUGUCUUUGCCAAUGCCUACCUCGUUAUUGUGGCAGCUUCUGGAGACAUUCAUACUGGACUGCCUUCUCUUGACCCAAAGCGAGCAACACGAGGUAUUCGUACCACUGGCCGCACUCAUCAAGAGCUUGUAGCAGCUUCAUCUUGGUAUACCAGAGGUUGGACGCUUGUCGAGCGCAUCUACUCUCGACGCUCGGUCUUCUUCUUCGAGGACUCGGUAACCUGGGAAUGCCACUGCGAGACCUGGCAAGGAAGCCCAAACAGUGUCAUGAAGAAGCUCCGAGGAGGCCGCCAAGACUGUGUCGGUACUAUUCCCGAUGCUGUUUUGGCGUUCCAACAUCCGCGUUGGCCUGAUCUUGACGAGUAUGCUCGAUAUGUCAUGGAAUAUAGCGCUCGCAAGUUGACACUAGUCGACGAUACUCUGCCUGCGUUUUCAGGAAUUACUCAUGUUCUUUCUCGUUCAUUCCCUGGUGGUUUCAUCUAUGGCAUGCCUGUCAUGUUUCUAGACAUUGCUCUUCUUUGGCGACCUCAUGCUUCCAUCAGAAGAAGAGCUCUCUCACGCCCGCCCUUCCUCCCGUCGUGGUCUUGGAUGGGUUGGUGGUUUGACAACAUCCCUGUCGACGUGACCUUGUGGAGAGCAGCUGCGGAUUACGUGGAAGAGGCUCGGACCGGAAAACGUGGCCAAGAAUCGAAACGAUACCGAUCUGCGCACGCCUUUAGGAUCAGGCCUACUGUUUCUUGGAGCUUGACGGACCGUGCUUCAACUGUGCCUCUCAUGAACACCGGUCUUCAGUAUAAUAACCUCAGGAGUCGCCGUGUCCCCAACACAGAGUUACCGAUGGGAUGGUCUCGAAGUGGCUCACAUUAUGUCCAUGAUAGCGACGAGACUGCGCUGUUCAAGUAUCCUGUCCCUGUUGGAGACCCUGCCGAAAGCGGUGGUUAUGAGCCUGCCGUAGGUGAGCAAGCCUACCCCGGGCCAUUGCUAUCGUUCCGAACAACUUCUGGUUUCUUCGACAUCGAGUUCCAUACUACCCUCGCUCAUCGCGAGCGACCCAACCCGCCUCUCGCCGUGGGUACAAUUUGGAACAAGGCCAACCGAUGGGCGGGCCAAUUCCGUGCUCACGAUGCCUGGUUAGGCAUCCAAUCCUCAAACUAUGAUGGUGAAGAACGACUCGAAUUUAUUUGUAUUUCUAUUGCCACUGAACGUCGAGGCUCACAUGUCUUUGAUACCGACAAAUUCGAGGAGCACAUGGACGCGGAUGGUAUGGUUGAUUUCGUCAAUGUUCUCUGGAUCGAGCGGAUUGGAGAUAUUGCAUAUCGACGAGGUGUUGGACAGAUCUUGCUCAAGACUUGGGAGGCACAGGCUAAGGACGAGGUCGCGGUUCUACUUGGUUGA